AUGCCCUACCCGCGGGCCGUCUCGCCAUUUAGUCUUGAGACAUACGAGCCUACCGUUGGUGCUAUAGCUGGUGAUGAGCUACCGGCCUCUGAUGACGAGUUGAGCGAGGCUGAGCGCGCGGCUAAACGUCAGAGAAUCGAAAAGCUGGCGGAAUCGUAUCUCCAAGGCAAGCCGCUAUUUAUUCUUUCCGCAUCGUUAAAGGGGCCAUUCGAUCAGGGCUGGAGGAAUCCAUGGAAGAAGGAUCGCAAAGAUAUUGUCAGCCGGCGAAUAAAUAAGCGUGGCAAGAGGGCUAUACAAGGUCCGGGCCGCGUCGUACAGGAGACCGACUUGCGCCGUCCGAAGCAUCGGGAGGAUCUAGCUGUCGCUGCCUCAAGUCCUCCAGCUGCCACACACCUAGCAGCUCAAUCGCCUGUCCCGCCGGUGGCAAAUGCCAGUUCCGCUGUCACAUCUCGAUCGGCACAGAAAAGACCUCUGCAAGCAGCAACGCGUGAUGAUCAAAAUCUAACGACACCCCGUUCGAUCAAGAAACGGAAGGAUACAGCUUCGCGGCGAACCGCCGACCGUUCUUUUGCGCCCGCUGGACCGGCAGAUUGGUUGAGGAAAGACGGCAAACGAUUGAAUUACACACAUAUUGAACCGCCUAGCUCCCCGACUCCGAAAAUCGCAUCUCGCCCAGCGGACAAUAACGCCCGGGUGGGUGCUUUGCGUACUAUGGAGGUGCGACUUCCUGCGGCGGCCUCACACAGGAGGAUUUCGAUAACACCGACAGUCGAGGGGGCAGGAGAGACCGAGCGUAUGGAUAUUUCGCCGGAAGGUUCUCGAGUAGUUGGCCCAACAAAGCAAAAUCAUGAGCAUAUCAUGGAGAAAUCGUUGGCUGCAGGACCAUCUGCAACGCAUAAGAGCUCUCCUAUUGUGGAUACACACGUGCCAUCAUCGUUUCGUGUGAUUUCCUCAACAUCUCAGUUGCCCCGCUUUGAGUAUCGAAGGUGGCAUCAAGAUAAUAAUAGCCCCGAGGCAGUGAAACAAUCCCCUCUCAAAGGCAGCUCUGAUGUACCGGAAUCCGCGGUCGAGAAAGAUUCGACUCUGCAGUCAGCUGCUGAAGAAGCCCAGCAAGAUCUGCCCUUUGAACAGACCAUGCCCGAUGUGCUAGUUGCACCUGCAGCAGCAAGCAUUCCGAAUGAACCUGUCACUUGCGCUGAAGACGAUACCUCCACUCCAAUAGAUUCUCGAGUGGUCUCCAACGCGCCUGCUGUCACUGAACGAAUAGACAACUCAGUUGCUGAGCCUGAUGACCUAGAGGAACCGAAGCAGCCCUCGGGGCAAUUGCCAGAUGACGGUCCCAAGAAGGCUAGCGAAAGCGAACUUGUCCAAACGUCAAAGGAUCUGAGAUUUGCCGACGAGGCAGGUGUUUCAACUUCUAUUGAAGAAGACAUUCAACCACAUACCGAACAAAAUACCUAUGAGAAUCUGCCAUCUGCGCAACAUGUACCCGUCCCUCCGGGAGUUUCAGAUCGCAUACCAUCCUUACACUCUACCGCGAUGCCGAGGGUACAUGCAGAUAGGAACGUGGAGGAGACUUCAGACACGCAAUUGUCGACGCAGGCUGCCCUGCUUCACGCCCAGAAAUCAUUCCAAGAAGACCUGGACAGCCCCGAGCCUGAAUUUAUCCACCCUGCCGAACCGGAGGAUACCGUGUUGGAGGCUGCCGAGGAGUCAAUUCUAGCACAAGAAACGCCAUAUAACGAUCCGCAUGCUUCCGAAAAGAUUCCCAAUCCUUUCCUGCGGAGAUUGUCAAAGGAUAGGAUCCAGGCUAUGAGUACACAAUGCAUAAUUGAUGCCACCACCCCUUACACGUUCAGCACGGAGAAAAAGAUCAACGCUUUCCGAGAACUCUCACCCGACCAGCCCAAUAAACAAGAAGGCGAAAAGCCUGGCUUCGCAGAUCUCUUCGCCCCAUCGCCUCGGAUACCUUCGCCUUCUCAAGAUCACGAAUAUCACACGGCUCAUUCCACUCCUCAUGACCCAGAUCACGGUCCAGAAUACAACCCAGACCCUACCUUUACCCAUCGCUCAACAACUCAAGGGACCGCCCUCCCAUUUGCUCUAAGUGGCUCAACGCCGACUACUGCGCAGGAUGGACAGGGCGCUCCCCUAGGUGUAGAAAGUUUCGACCUCAGCCAGGCUAUCGCCGACGCUGGCAGUUGGCUACAGCAGAGCUUCGACUUUAUGAAGGAUGUUGGCCGUCCUAGUCAGCCUACAAGGCCAACAUAG